GGAGUUGUACUAGCUUAUUAUGAGUUACGGUUUAGUGACCGUCAGUUUGGAUGAUUAUAAAUUUGUAACUAUGUUGCCCUAACUCUAAUUAUUCACCUCUUCUUCGUCCGUCCUUACACUAAUCACACGGUGGGGCUGAAACAGGUCCUGUAGUUAACAACAAUGGCGUUAUUCACUCCGAUUUCAUCAUCAUAUUUGCCUAAACUCUACUCUCGACGAUUAUCAGCGCAUGAUGCAACGGCUGAGCAAAAGUCUAGGGUUUGCUUAUCAAAUGCGUCAUCCUCACUCCUUCAGCGUACUUACACCUGCUGCAAAGUAGGUUUUUCUACCCGUUUGGUAAAAAGCGAGUCCUACAACUUCAAAGCUUCUUCUUCAGUUACAGAUGUUUCAACACCUGAAGUAUCCAUGGAGUCGUCAAUUGUCAAGGGUGAAACCUGGUCAAUCCAUAAAUUCGGUGGCACAUGUGUAGGAACUUCCCAAAGAAUUCAAAAUGUUGCCAAUAUUGUUAUGGAUGACAGUUCUGAACGAAAGCUUGUUGUUGUCUCUGCAAUGUCAAAAGUUACAGAUAUGAUGUAUGAUCUUAUCGAGAAAGCACAAUCACGAGAUGAUUCAUAUUUAUUAGCACUUGAUGCUGUAUUUGAAAAACACAAGUUGACUGCACUUGACCUACUUGAUGGGGAGGAACUUGCUAGUUUCUUGUCUACUCUCACUCUUGAUAUCAAUAAUCUCAAAGCAAUGCUACGUGCAAUAUAUAUAGCUGGACAUGGCACAGAAUCUUUUUCAGCUUUUGUUGCGGGACAUGGAGAGUUAUGGUCUGCACAGAUAUUGUCAUCUGUCCUCAGAAAGGGUGGGGUGGAUUGUACCUGGAUGGACACACGGGAUGUCCUGAUUGUGACACCUGCCGGCUCUAAUCAAGUUGAUCCCGAUUAUGAGGAAUCAGAGCAAAGACUCGACAAUUGGCUCUCAAAAAAUCCUUCUAAGGUAGUAGUUGCUACUGGUUUUAUAGCUAGCACACCUCAAAAUAUACCCACAACUUUGAAACGAGACGGGAGCGACUUCUCUGCUGCUAUCAUGGGUGCUUUAUUCCGGGCCCGCCAAGUGACAAUCUGGACCGAUGUUGAUGGUGUGUAUAGUGCAGAUCCCAGAAAAGUUAGCGAAGCUGUCAUAUUAAAUACGUUAUCUUAUCAAGAGGCUUGGGAAAUGUCGUAUUUUGGGGCGAAUGUUUUACAUCCUCGAACUAUCAUUCCCGUGAUGCAGUACGACAUUCCAAUCGUUAUAAGAAACAUCUUCAACCUAUCUGCACCUGGAACAAAGAUUUGCAGGGAACCCGUCCUUGAAAAUGAAGAAAAACAAACACUGGAAACUUAUGUAAAAGGCUUUGCAACCAUAGACAACUUGGCCCUUGUAAACGUUGAGGGAACUGGAAUGGCUGGUGUUCCGGGUACGGCAAGUGCCAUUUUUGGUGCUGUGAAAGACGUUGGAGCUAAUGUCAUCAUGAUUUCUCAGGCUAGCAGUGAACAUUCUGUGUGCUUUGCCGUGCCUGAAAAAGAAGUGAAAGCGGUUGCAAAGGCAUUAGAGGCUAGAUUUCGUCAAGCUUUGAACGCCGGACGUCUUUCUCAGAUUGCAGUAAUUCCAAACUGUAGCAUUCUUGCAGCGGUUGGCCAGAAAAUGGCCAGCACACCAGGUGUCAGUGCCACUCUAUUCAACGCACUUGCAAAGGCUAAAAUUAACGUCCGAGCUAUAGCUCAAGGAUGCUCAGAGUACAACAUCACUGUAGUUGUCAAACGGGAAGAUUGUGUAAGAGCCCUACGAGCAGUCCAUUCAAGAUUCUAUCUUUCCAAAACGUCAAUAGCAGUGGGCAUCAUUGGGCCUGGGCUUAUCGGUGCCACUUUACUUAAUCAGCUUAGGGACCAGGCAGCCGUCCUGAAGGAAAAGUCUAAGAUUGACUUACGUGUCAUGGGUAUUAUUGGGUCAAAGAAAAUGCUGCUGAGUGACACGGGUAUCAAUCUUUUCGCAUGGAAAGAACUUCUGAAGGAGAAAGGAGAAAAAGCCGAUCUGAAUAAGUUUGCUCAUCAUGUGCAUGGAAAUCAUUUUAUUCCCAACACGGUAUUAGUAGAUUGUACAUCAAGCACGGAAGUUGCAGACCACUACCAUGACUGGUUAUACACAGGAAUUCAUGUGAUCACCCCUAACAAGAAAGCAAAUUCAGGACCACUUGAUAAGUAUUUGAAACUGAGAGCUCUUCAAAAGCAAUCGUUCACUCAUUACUUUUAUGAAGCUACCGUUGGAGCUGGUCUACCGAUCAUGCAUACUUUACGAGAUCUCCUUCAAACAGGGGAUAAGAUUAUACGAAUUGAAGGAAUUUUCAGCGGGACGUUGAGUUAUAUAUUCAAUAAUUUUGUUGACACACGGGCAUUCAGUGAAGUAGUGAUGGAGGCAAAAGCAGCAGGUUACACUGAACCAGACCCUAGAGAUGAUCUUGCUGGAACAGAUGUAGCCAGAAAGGUGAUAAUUCUUGCUAGAGAAUGUGGUCUAGAUCUUGAACUUUCGGAUAUCCCUGUUCAAAGCCUUGUACCAGAUCCAUUAAAGGAAACUGCGUCAGUGGAUGAUUUUAUGCAGCAACUACCAUCCUUUGACUCAGAUAUAGCUACUAAGCGUCAAGCUGCAGAGGAUGCUGGAGAAGUUCUAAGAUACGUCGGGGUUGUGGAUGUUAAUAAUCAAAAGGGAGCUGUGGAGUUGAAAAGAUACAAGAAGCAACACCCAUUCGCCCAGCUGUCGGGUUCUGAUAAUAUCAUUGCUUUUACAACGGAAAGGUACAAUAAACAACCUCUAAUUGUCCGCGGCCCUGGAGCCGGAGCACAAGUAACAGCGGGUGGUGUUUUCAGUGACAUAUUAAGGCUUGCCUCCAAUCUUGGCGCCCCUUCGUAUUAAUCGUGUUUGUAAAUCAUGCUCCUAUGUGACAAACUAUAAAUUAAUAAACCGAAUCCAGGUUGUCGCAAUCAUGGGUUUUACGGUUUGGUUUAGUCCCUAGUGAUCACGGAUUCUAGGAUUUUGGAAUCGCCUGCUCAUGUAUCAAUAGCACGUGUGGUUGUAGGAUAUCGUGCUUUUUAUGUCGUUAUAUGUCUAAAUGUACAAACCAUGUUUUGGUUGCGGGUGGGUAUUUAAUCAUAUAUAUUCUUGCUGAUCA